AUGGGACUGACUGACACGGGCAAGCCAGUGGCCGAUGUGGAGGCGUCUGGCGCUCACUGGCAGGUGAGGGUUUGUCGAUGCCUCCAAACCACAUACAAGAAAACGGCGGUAACUGAAUCCACUGGGGCGACAGUGUCCGCAGUGUCCAUGUCAGUGGUGCGGAUGAGGCCUUGCUUGCGUGAUGCCCUUGUCACCAAGUUCGACGCCACAGGAAAACGACUGGUGGAGUUACAUGCAUUGGGGGUUCGAACGACCCACGCGUCCGAUGCUCGCCCUGGACUGACGGUGUUGCUGUUGUUGGAUGGCUGUGGAUAG